AUCACAGCGUCGGUGUGACCUAUGAUUAAUACGGCGCAUGGUACACGAUGGCGUUUAUCAGAGAAUACCAAGAAGGUGACUUUGAUGACAUUGUUGAGAUUUGUAAACUUACAGCCCACCCAUCGACACACUCAUCUGCAGAUAUCCUCCCGUAUAUAUACGCAAUACCCUACAUAAGGCUGGAACCCAUCCACGCCUUCGUCCUCGAUGCCGGCAGUUCAGACAGCUCGAGCGGGAGGCGGGUAGUCGGGUACAUCAUUGGGACCCCCGACACGAACACCUUCGCUGAACGUUACAAAGAGGCAUACCUCCCCACCCUACCGCCCGCCAUCGCCAACACCACCACCGCCGACACUCCUGCGACGGCCCAGGCCGACGAUGGCGAUGGUGAUGAGCUGAGGCGCAUGUUUGGGAGGAUCCUCCUGAACCCGGAGGAUAUGCUGCAUCCCGCCACCCCCGACUUCAUCCCGUGCUACCCGGCACAUCUGCACAUCAACAUACUGCCGGGGUUCCAGAGUAAAGGGUUCGGCGGGAAAUUGAUGGAGAGAUUCUUGCGCGGGUUGAGAGCUCGUGAGACUGGGGUUUGCGGUCUGCACUUGGGCAUGCGGCGGGAUAAUGUUGCGGCUGGGAGGUUCUACGAGAGGUGUGGGUUUAGGCUGCAUGAGGAGUUGUCUGAUGAGCAUACUGCCUUGAUGGUUAAGGGGUUGGAGGAGGUGGGGGGCGAGGGGGCGAAGAAUCAAUGGUAAGAUGGGGAAUGAAAGGGGGGUAUUGGCCAUGGCGAAAGUAAGGGUGAUGCCAUUGAUCACCGUGGGGUCUGAUAACCAGGGGAGAAGACUUGUACUUGUACGUAGGUAUUGUCUACAGUAGGGGGAAGGCGAAUUGUAUCGAGGGUUCCUUCGCACGAGUACAGUACUGUGCCAUACCGA